UUUUUUCAUCACCAAUCAUCAUCAUCUCUUACAGUUCUACAUCCUUCUCUAUCAUCAGAACAACUAUUACCUUCAAAGCUUUCUAGCUUGCUUUAUCAGAGUCGAACGUAGCCUUGCUUUUCAAGAAGCUUUCCCAUAAACGUUUCAAGAUGCGUCCUUCUACAUUCAUCAUCGCUAUCUCAGCUACCGUACUGGCUACACCGCUCCCGCGUCCGGUGCUAGACGACGUAACCAACACUCUCGUAAGCACCAUUGACACCUUACUUGGCGUACAUCACCACCACAAGAGCCAUGACAGCAGCAAAGAGCACGAACCCGAAUGUCGUCGCUACGACACCGAUGCCCUCAUAACAUGUAUAAAUCGAUGCGUGGACAUAUGCGAAGAUGGCGACGAGGACUGCAGCACAUGCAUGAAGGGAUGCUCCUCUAAAAAUUCUUGCGGCAGGCAUCAUGGCGAUACUCCUAAGGCUAGCCAUAGUAAUAACACCAUUAAUUCGACUUCAUAAGGUGUCGAAUAAUCUCCCACAUGAUAAUGAUCAUAAUCGAUAUUAAUGAUUUUGAAUCACCCCAAAUUUAGGUAUUUUUAAGAUUUAACCUAGGUACAGUGCCUCCUUCUAGGUCCAUGUGAAAUUGAUAUUGAUACGUCGUACUUGCGAGUGAUACAUACGGUGAGGUCGUGAUUGCCCAGGUGCCAUGCGUGCAGUAUGAAUUAGAUUUUUAGAUGCGAUCUGACUGGGUCCUGGGAAAUUGAAUUGGAUGAAGUUUGAGUUUUGGGGCUGAUUGUGGCAGGCACGCUAAGGGUUGUGACUCACCUAGCCUCACUUAGGCAGGUACCUAGGUAGGCAGGUAACCCGGUCAG